AUAUUGGUUUUUCUUUCUACAGUUGGCUGGCAUACUCGUCCUCAAAUUCAAAAUAAAACGAUCAGCUCACAAGGAAAUUCUGCCGAAACUUUUCUGGACAACACAGAGUCUGAUGACGAAAUCUGCGAAAGUUUAGCAGAUGUAGAGCAAAAUGGAAAUACGAUUGAUAAAUGUCUCACAGAUAGUCAGCCGAUCGAUGUUUGGCAGCACAUUUGGAAACAUAAGCCAAGGGACGUCAUUUGUGCUAAAAUCAACCGAACAAUUCUUCGUGACAAAGAUUUCCUGACUUUGCGAGAUGGAGAAUACAUAAACGACAAGAUAAUCGAGAGUUGUCUGGAACUGGUUGCACAAGAGCACCGAAGUGAGCAAUCUUGGCUGAUAAAAGUUGUCAACAGUCACACCAUCACGCAAAUGGUGGAAGGUAAUGAGGGACUCCGUGGCACCAUCAGACAAACAAUGGAUCAGUUGUUCAACGCAAAUGUAUGUGUUGGUUGCUUCAAUCAAUUUGGAAGCCACUGGGUUUUGAUCGUCAUCUACCCAUCGAAGCGACUGGUACAGUAUAUAAAUCCAGUACGGGAAAGAAAUUCCGCUAUCCAGCAAUAUGAAAGGAACUGGAGGGAAAGCAUGAAGCGUAGGAAAGAUACACGCUCCCACGAAUGGGUAUUCAAUGUUCCAGCAAAAUAUCCCGAACAGCAAGAUGCCCAUUCUUGUGGAAUAUUUUGCAUAUUGUAUGCUGAUGUCAUUCUUGGGAGCAUGUUGUUUCCAGACAGCGUCGAAACUUCGCGAUUAAGACAACAUUAUGGCAGUCUGCUGAUUACGUUUUCAGAGGCUGUGAAUGGAGACUGCCGGCUAUGUGGCGAAGAAAUUAAUAAAAAUGUUGGGAACGUGCUUGAGUGCCGGAAAUGUAUGGACCAGAAAUUAUUCCACACGUCCUGCCUUCCAGAGAGUGCCAAGAGCAAUGUCUUUCCUAAUUUGUUUACAUGCUCAGUGCUUGGGAAGGCAUGUCACUCAAGCACCAUCACCUGCACCAGCAUCACUAGUUGCACCAGCAUCACUAGAAGUACCAGCAUCACUAGAAGCACCAGCAGCACCAUCAACAGCACCAGCACCAGCACCAGCAGUAGUCCAAGACAAAAUUCCAGCACCAAUACCAGCCCAAACAGCAGACCCCUGUCAUUUAUCAAUCCUAUUGUACAACAGCAGAGGAAUCUCAAUGACAAGCAACCUUGGCAUAAUCCUGCUGCACCUUUUGUGAUGAAAAGGCUAACUAAGAGAAUCAAUAAAUGCCAGGGCUGCACCGAACCAUAUACCGGGAAAUCCUUUGUCGUUGGUCAUAAAAAAGGCCGACAAAUAUUCAAUAAGAAAUUGAGAAGAGAAAUGAUUGUGUUUAACAACGGCUACUAUCAUGUGAACUUCACAUGCAUAUUCAGUCGUCAUGAUUAUUUCAAGCCAGGAAAUCUUGUUGUGCCACCUGGAUUGAGGUUGGAGAAAGAAGAAAUUAAAUUCUUCAACGAGAAGAGAGGAUUCAAAAUCCCUUUAUUUUAA